UUUGUUAUCGAUCGACGUUCGUCACUAGAAAAAAAAUCAACAAACGACGCCGCGCAAUAAUUCGAAACUUCUUGCAACUAUUUAAUAAAACUUAGCAAAAAGGCGGACUUAGCCAAAUAAAAGAUGAGCAACAAGAGCACACCUGUGCGCCAGCGCAUCCAGCAGUUCCAGACGCGAGGCUCGCACAAAUCGACGCCGGCGUCGGAUAUUAACGGGCUGCGCAAGAAAGUGCUGAUGACGCGGUCAGAGGAUCAUCGGGAUCAACUGCUAAAUACGGCCUUCAAUGGGGGAAACACCACCCCGCAGCCGACGCCCAAGCCCACAUCCCUAAAUGCCUGCUACACGCCCUCAUCGCUUUACAGGAAUGCCAACAAUACACCCGGGAGAACAAAGACUCCGGGAACCGGGAAGUCCAGCUGCAGCAGGCCCAAGGAUCGGGACUCCAUGAUGGACUCCUGCCUCAGCGUCUCCGAGGAGAGCAACAUGAUUGUGGCCGUGCGAGUGCGUCCACUCAACGCCCUGGAGUGCACACGUGGUCAGGUCACCAAUGUGGUCCAGGUGCAUGGAAACAGCAACGAGUUGACCGUCCAGGCAGGCAGCAGUGCCGACUCCUCGGCCGGGGUGACGCACUUCUUUAGCUACGACCAGGUCUACUACUCCUGCGAUCCCGAGCGGAAGAACUACGCCUGUCAGGCGAAGGUCUUUGAGGGCACGGCUCGUCCUUUGAUCGACACCGCCUUCGAGGGCUACAAUGCCUGUCUGUUUGCUUACGGGCAGACGGGAUCGGGCAAAUCCUACAGCAUGAUGGGUAUUGAGGCGCUGGACGAUGCUGCUCUGGAUGGUGGGCCUCCACACGACGAGGCGGGCAUCAUUCCACGCUUCUGCCACGAGCUGUUCCGCCGCAUAGAGGCUGUGAAGAGGACGCAGCAACUGCAGGUGGAGGUGGAGGUCAGCUACUUUGAAAUCUACAACGAGAAGAUCCACGAUUUGCUGAGUGUCCAGCAUGCAGCCGCUGCAUCUGGGGAAUCUACUCCCGUUCAGCAGCAGCACCACCAGCAGCAACAGCGACCUGCUCUUAAGGUGAGAGAGCACCCCAUCUUUGGACCCUAUGUUGUGGAUCUGAGUGCCCACUCGGUGGACUCGUACUCGGCACUGCGCAACUGGUUGGCCGUGGGCAACUCCCAGCGAGCCACCGCAUCCACAGCCAUGAACGACAAGAGCUCACGCUCGCAUUCCAUCUUCAAUAUCGUCCUGAACCUCACCGAUCUGAGCAGCGAUGAUGCCUUAUCCUCCGAUACGGACUCGGGCUCAACAUCCUCGCUCCGGCAGACGCGUCGCAGCAAGAUCAGUCUGGUGGAUUUGGCGGGCAGCGAGCGCAUCAGUGUCUCGGGUUCGAAUGGCGAAAGGAUCCGCGAAGGCGUCAGCAUCAAUAAGAGCCUUCUUACGCUGGGAAAAGUCAUCGCCGCCUUGGCCGAUUCCCGGAAGGCCAGCGGGAAUGGACCCCUGGGAUCUGGAACACCCAGCACCUUCGUUCCUUAUCGCGAAAGUGUGCUUACCUGGCUUCUAAGGGAAAACCUCGGCGGGAACUCAAAGACCGUCAUGUUGGCCACCAUAUCACCGGCUAGCAUUCAUGCGGAUGAGACUCUGGCCACUUUGCGGUACGCCUGCAAGGCUCGAUCCAUCGUCAACCGGGUGAAGGUGAACGAAUCGCCCCACGACAAGAUCAUCCGGGAUCUGCGCGCCGAAGUGGAUCGCCUGAAGUCCCUGAGGAAUGAGUAUGAACGCCAGAGGCGUUUAUCCGGCAACAAUAACAAUCCAGUGCCACGUAAGAUCAUUAUUGAAACCUCGGUGGAUGAGACAGAAGUGGAGGCACUGCGUCAACAGUUGGCUGAACGGGAAAGGGAGUUGAGUCGAGCGCAAAAGUCUUGGAUGGAGAAGCUUAAGGAGGCGGAGGAUCAGCGGAAAUCGGAGCUGCGUGUCCUGAAACGCCGGGGAUUGGCCCUGGAACUAACCGCCGAGCAGAAGCAGGCCUGUCUGGUCAAUCUCACCGCUGAUCCCAUACUUAGUGGCACCUUGUUCUACCUGCUGCCGCAAGGACUCGUGCGCAUAGGACGUGGUCGUCUGCCAGGAGGGAGUGCUAACUCUCAGCCGGAUAUUGUACUAGAUGGUCCACUGGUGGCCUUGCAGCACUGCAGCAUCGAGCACGAACGUGGUGGCAAGUUGUAUGUCAUUCCCGGCAGCGAGGACUUUGAAACAUAUGUGAACGGAGAACUCCUGCAGGAUCGUCGGCAGCUAUUCCAUGGUGACCGUCUGGUUAUCGGUGGCUCCCACUAUUUUCGCAUCUCCAAUCCCUUUUGCUCGCAAAGAGGAAAGACCGACCAUCCGGUCGAUUUCCAACUGGCCCACCAGGAGAUCCUGCAGAAGCAGGAGCAACAGCUCCGCUCCGAACUGGAGGCGGAAAAGCGAGCUGCUCUUACGCGAAUCGAGCAGGAGCGGGCUCAGCAUGCCCGGGACUUUGAGGAGCGGCUGCAGUGCCUCGAACUGGAGCAGUUCAAGUACAAGUGCAACAGCGAGAUGCUGGAGACAGAGCGCCAAGCAUUAGCGCUGGCCCAACAACAGGAACACACUCCCCUGAGGCAGGAGGACGGAGUAUCGACCCCAGCUCAGAAAUCAACUAUUCUAGAGGACAUCCAACGCAUCAUGUUGAAUCCCUCGGAAGAGAGUCUACACAAGACCCAGUUGAUGGUCAAGGAGGCCACACAAAGGUGUCGCCAGUUGGAUCUGCCAUUGGAGUUCCGGCAAACCCAGACGCCCGAUGAGUUUGGACUGCUGCGCACUGUAAUCCUGAUCUUAGACAAACAACGUGGCCUCAAAGCCGAAUGGCCCACUGCCAGGUUGGGUGUUUGGCUAGAUUUGGUAAGGGACAGUGCGGAGCAACAGGAAAAACUGAAUGCUAGGACCAUUUUCCAGAGUGUUGAGGUUGACUGGGAGCCACUAGAUGCGGAUCUUAAUGAGACCCUAAGCGAUACCCAUAAUUCUAGUCGCAUCGCCCUAAAUCUAAGUGCCAUGAAGGAUGUGCUUUUAAACAAACCGCUGAAAAGACUGCUCAAUGUGUCCAGCAGCAGCAACACACCCCGACAGACUUCCACUCCUUCACCUGGCAGCCAAUUGAUGCAGUACACCAAACGCCUGCUGACCUACGAUCCCGAGGAGACGCCUGGUAGCCAGAGUAGUUUUACCACGCUCGUCCAACAGGAGCUGCUGACGAUGCAACGAUCCUCCCAACGACUGCGGCGGCUUUGCGAGAAUGCCCUCCUCGAGCGGGAAAACCAGCAGGACAACGGUGUCCUGGCCGUCAGCCUACAAGAGGCUCUGGCCCGAAUGGACACCGUGCUCAAUGGGAUGCACACUUCCCUGACCCGAGCGGAGGCCACUGCAAGUGCCACCUCGCCGACAAAAACACAGAAGGCUGUGCGAUUUCUUAUCGAUUGACGACGAUUAGUUCGCACCUUGGACUAGAUUUUAUGCUGCAAUGUGCUUUGCGUUUGUUUUUAUGUUUUUAAAUAUAUAUAUAUUUUGUAUAUUGGUUUUUAAAAAUAAAAUAUUGAUAGCACCAACGAGAAAAGCUGUCUUGUGCCAUUAUUUACAUCAACGUUAUUAACACGAAAGUUUGAGCGACUGUUUUAGCAAUAACAUGGUCGAG